ACCUCCACUGGGCAUAUCUUUCUUUUCAGUUGCAAGGAAUAAAAUAACUGGACAAAUCUCUUCCUUGAUUUGCAAUCUCAGUUCUAUUGUGUACCUUGAUUUGUCUUAUAAUCACUUGAGUAACAUGAUUCCUCCAUGUUUUGGAAACUUUAGUGACAAUCUCAUGGAUCUGAAUUUACAAAAUAACAAUCUUAAUGGCACCCUCCCAACGAAAUUUGCAAAGGGAUGUCGCUUGAGAAGUCUUAAACUCAAUGGCAACCAAUUUGAAGGGUCUUUGCCACAAUCAUUGGUCCGUUGUAGAAAUUUGGAAGUUCUAGAUUUUGGUUACAACAAGAUUAAUAGCACCUUCCCUUGUUGGUUGGAAACUCUUCCAAAGUUGUAGGUUCUUAUCUUGCGAUCAAACAACUUUCAUGGUGCCUUAGGAAACCCCAAGACCAAAUUCCCAUUCCCAAAUUUGCGAAUCAUAGACCUCUCUCACAAUGAGUUCCAUGGGCAUUUGCCGACAAACCUUUUCAAGUAUUUAAAAGCCAUGAUGAAUGUGAGUGCAGACAAAGGUGAAUUGAAAUAUAUGGGUGAUAAUUAUUAUCAAGAUUCUGUGACAGUGGUGAUGAAAGGGUUUUUCUUUGAUUUGGUAAAAAUCCAAAGUCUAUUCACAACCAUUGAUUUCUCCAACAAUAAUUUCAAAGGAGAAAUUCCAAAGGUAAUUGGAGAGCUUCGAUCAUUGAAGGGGCUUAAUUUUUCACACAAUAAUCUUACAGGUUGUAUGCCUCAAUCGUUGGGAAAUUUAACCAAUCUUGAAUGGUUAGAUCUCUCCUCAAACAAGCUCACAGGUGAAAUUCCUAUACAAUUGGUAGAUCUCACAAUGCUAGCAUUUUUAAACCUAUCAGAAAAUUAUCUCUUUGGACAUAUACCCCAAGGUAAACAGUUCAAUACCUUUAUGAAUGAUUCUUACUAUGGGAACCGUGGGUUAUGUGGAUUUCCAAUUACAAAAGCUUGUGGCAAUGAUGAGGGACAACAACCAUCACCAUCAUCAACCAUUCAAGAAGAUGAUUUCGAAUUUGAAAAAGGGUUUCAUUGGAAAGUUGUAUUGUUGGGGUAUGGUUGUGGAUUCAUGUUUGGAUUGGGUUUGGGUUAUCUUGUGUUCUCAAGUGGAAAACCGAAAUGGCUAGUGAAUAUUGUUUAUGGAGGAAGACAUAACAAGUUACAAAGAUCCUAGAAGAAUGCUCGUGGACGAACUCAUUGAAGAAGAAUUUAGUGGGUACAAAUACUAGGCUGGUGGCCCUUUCUAUCUCUCUAACAGGAUGGAGGGACAGCAUUCAUUCAUAAUUUAGAUCACUGGCUAACAUUCCAUGACCAGAUGAUGAUAAAAAAUUGGCUAUGGUGCUUCGGUCCUUUUUGAUGACAGCAAUUUUAAUAAAAACCAUAUCAGACCUUGAGGGUUUUCAAUAAAAUUGAUUUCAUCAAGGAGGAGCUUGAAAAGGCUUGUCCAGGGGUAGUUUCAUGCUCUGAUAUUGUUUCUAUUGCCAUAAGAGAUGGCAUUAUGCUCGUCUGUUCUUGAUCCUUAAUCUUCCUAUUCUCUCUCUCUUUAAAGAUAUUUUUGUUAAUAUCUAGAGUCCUUUAGCAACACUUUAAGGUUUAGGAUUUGAUGAUUGUUUGUGGACAAUGAUUCUUGAAUGAAACUUGGGUAAAAUGUAGGAAACAGACUUUAAAAGAGUUGGUACCUCUUUACAUUUUUUUAUGUCGAGAGGAGUCUAUAAAGUAAAUAUUAGUUGUGGGGAAAGAUUAGAAAGUUAAUGAAUUGAGAAUAUGUUCAUAGUGAUUUUUUCUGUUUUGGUUUCCACAGAUUGUUAGUCACCUUUAAUUAGCCAACUAUUUGUUUCAAGCACUUUUUUAUUAUGGUUUUUUAGGUCGAAAACUUC